AUGCCGACUACGAUGCCGGCGAAACGUUUGGGAAUGUACCACGUCCACGGUUUAACUUUGGAAAUGAUCAUGCAGACAAUGGACUCCCGACUAGUUCCGCAUGUGCUUGUAGGUUUGUUAAUUCCAGAUUCACUCCAUGAUUUAACUGGUGUACACGUAGCCGACGUAUAUCACGCCUUCCGUCUCCACUGCAGCACUUUUGUGAUGUUGGAGUAUAUCUACAUUAUCUGUUAUGAUGCUUUUGGUUCUGGGUCCCUAGGUGAAUCUUCUCACUUAGAAACCGACUUUGCUGCUAAUACUUACAUUCAAGCCUCUCUUCCUCCCGAACCUGUUGCAGCUGCUGUCAGCACCUCGUCCACUUCGGAAGUUUCCUGCUUUAACAAUCCCUUACUUGUUUUUGGCCAAUUUUCCGCGUCAGAUCCACUUGGUCCUAGUAUGGCCAAAGAUUUUGGUCUGUUAAUGGCCAACCAUCGAACUCUGCCGUCUUCAUCUGGGAUGUCUGCUAUGCUCCUUACACCCAAUUGUCGAAUACCUUCUGGUAUGCCGACUACCAAUCCCCCCACCACGCCCACUUCCUGCAUCGAUAAUCAUCAACCUGACCCUGUGGUCACUCGAUCGAUGAGCAGUGCGAAUAAGCGUAACCAGACAUCAACUGGCAUUUCGGGAAACCAGGUCGCAUCUGCAACUAGGCAUCGAUUAAACGGUCUUUACAAUCAACAACAAAGCCAACGGCAACAACGCAAAGAUCCCUCGUCAUUAUCGGAGCUCACCCGAUCGCGACAAGUACCUCUUAAUCGAAGUGACGACUCCAACAGUGGUGCAUUUCCAAACAACUAUUCUCAGGGGUACUCUUUACAUGCAGGGGAUUUGCUUUUCGCAUCCUCAUCGCAGGUCGUCGCACCACUCAAUCAACAGGCCUCAUCAUGUGCUACACAGUCUUUGUCUCAGCCAUCGGCACUCGGACUCAUUGCACGUAAUCUGGGGUCACAAUUACGAUCUCACCUAACCUCGGGACCGGCGCUUUUUCCCCAACACCAAGGCGAACCAAUUCCUGACCAGCUUUUGCGUGACUGGAUUCAUCAUUCAGCGCUUCGACUUCGCCAGCGCAUUGUCUUUCACCUCAAGCAAUCAUCUUUAGUCACAUCCUGUCAUUCUGCCGUCCAGGCGGAUGGGAAUAGUUGUCAGAUUAUGAGCAACCUCGCUUAUGAUCAGCCUCAUCUCCUUAAUAGCGGGACAUCUGAUAUCCUGAUGGAAUAG